AUGCAGGACGCAGGGCGUGCUCUCUACACCGUUACCGGUCAGCGGGUGGCGCGAUCAGAACUUCUAAAACUCAUCGCCUUUGCUCAGGACGCUGUGGCAAAGCAGCAGCAGGAACUGCAGAACGGGCAGGAUCAAGUGUCAUCUCAGCGGCGUUCUGUGACAACGAGCGCCGGAUCAAAAAGUUCACCGGAUGCGACUACAGCCUCGGAUGGCGAUGCGACGCGCUUCGUUAUUAGCACCCGCUCAUCUAGUCCAGCAGGCGAAUCCAUUAGCACCUUUAGCGUGGGAGAAUCGCCCCUGACAACUCAGCAUGGCACUACUUCGACAUUCGCGGCAUCAGCAACAAUCUCUCCCGCCCCUCCCUCCGCGACCGCUUCGGUGAGUCAAAUCCGAUUUGUUUCACCUCACUCUCACUUGCUGGACAGCAGCGAUGGCAUCGAUCUCGACGUCUUUGAGCAGAUGGUCCUGCGCAAGCUGAAGCACCGCAGCUACGAAGAAGAGCUGACGUACACCUUCGCGCUACUCGAGGAUAAGUCUUACCCUGGCUUCAUCACGAAGGAGAGUGUGCGCCGCAUUGCCGCUGAGACGGGAGAGCCACUGACGGAGGCGGAGAUCGCGGAGAUGUUCGACCCACUCGUUACAGGGGUGUCAACCGCUGCGGUGGAUCUCUCAACAUUCACGGACCUUCAGCUGAAAGCUCGCAAAGCAGAAGACUCUUAA